UUGAUGUUCGGACCCGCCAGCUCCAGGAGCCGCUGAGCCUGGCGCCCGCGCCCCGCGCCCGCAGCCCGCCCAGGCGGAGUCAGCCCGCGCUCCGGGCUCGGAGGUCCGGACUGCGGGCUCGCCGCCUCCCGGGCCGGCUUCGCGCCCCUCACUCCAGUGCCCCGCGCCUCCGCGGGCGGAGCGCACCAUGCCGCAGCUGGACUCGGGCGGGGGCGGCGCGGGCGGCGGCGACGACCUCGGCGCGCCUGACGAGCUGCUGGCCUUCCAGGACGAGGGCGAGGAGCAGGACGACAAGAGCCGCGACAACGCCGCGGGCCCCGAGCGCGACCUGGCCGAGCUCAAGUCGUCGCUGGUCAAUGAGUCCGAGGGCGCGACCGGCGGCGCUGGGGUCCCGGGGGCCGGCGCUGGGGCCCGCGGCGAGACCGAGGUCGGGGCGGAGGCGCUCGGGCGGGAACACACUUCGCAGAGACUUUUCCCCGACAAACUUCCAGAACCUCUGCAGGACGGCCUGAAGGCCCCGGAGUGCGCCAGCGGCAUGUACAAAGACACCGUCUACUCUGCCUUCAAUCUGCUCAUGCACUACCCACCCCCCUCCGGAGCAGGGCAGCACCCCCAGCCGCAACCCCCACUGCACAACAAGGCCAGUCAGCCCGCCCAUGGCGUUCCCCAACUCUCUCCUCUCUACGAGCAUUUCAGCAGCCCACACCCCACAUCUGCACCGGCUGAUAUCAACCAGAAGCAAGUUCACAGGCCUCUGCAGACUCCUGACCUCUCUGGCUUCUACUCUCUGACCUCAGGCAGCAUGGGACAGCUCCCCCACACUGUGAGCUGGUUCACCCACCCAUCCCUGAUGCUAGGUUCUGGCGUACCUGGUCACCCUGCGGCCAUCCCCCACCCGGCCAUUGUGCCUCCCUCAGGGAAGCAGGAGCUGCAACCCUAUGAUCGCAGCCUGAAGACACAGGCAGAAGCCAAGGCAGAGAAGGAAGCCAAGAAGCCAACCAUCAAGAAGCCGCUCAAUGCCUUCAUGCUGUACAUGAAGGAGAUGAGAGCCAAGGUCAUUGCAGAGUGCACGCUCAAGGAGAGUGCUGCCAUCAACCAGAUCCUGGGCCGCAGGUGGCACGCACUGUCGCGGGAAGAACAGGCCAAGUAUUAUGAGCUGGCCCGCAAGGAGAGGCAGCUGCACAUGCAGCUAUACCCAGGCUGGUCGGCGCGGGACAACUAUGGGAAGAAGAAGAGGCGGUCCAGGGAAAAGCACCAAGAAUCCAACACAGGAGGAAAAAGAAAUGCAUUCGGUACUUACCCGGAGAAGGCCGCUGCCCCAGCCCCGUUCCUUCCGAUGACAGUGCUCUAGGCUGCCCUGGGUCCCCAGCCCCCCAGGACUCGCCCUCAUACCUCCUGCUGCCCCACUUCCCCACAGCACUACUUGCUAGCCCUGCAGAGCCAGGGCCUACGUCACCAGGUCUCUCGGCCGCUCUCAGCCUCCCAGCCCCCUGGGCCCCCACAGGUCCCCCACAAUGCCCUGUAGAAUACACAGGUACAGCAACAGGAAUCUCGGAGACAGGAAGCCUAGCAUGUACAGGACACCUGGCCUCCAGGAGCCCGCCCUCUGAGAAGAAGCGACAGAGCCCCAAAGCACGUGGAAACCGGCCAGGGGUCCUGUUGACGCCCUCCUCUCAGGGUCCAGGCUCUGGAGAUUGCAGAGGCUGCACAACUUCUGCCUGAACCUGGAGCCAUCAGUUCAAACUGCUCCAAGUGGUACAUCAGAUCUGUGUUAUCUGAUUAAGGGCAUCCCUGUGCCUAUGGCAGCCUGCAUCUAUUCUUACCAUCUGUCUUGCUAGCCAGAUGCUCCUGCCUCCCUUGCUUUUCUGCUGUAGGUCACAGAUGGGCUGGACUGAACCCAGCUGUUUUCCCUACCUUGCCUCCCCAUCCCCACCAUUACCAUAUCCUCCCCAUACCAGAUACUUCAUGGACCAAGAAUGAGCUGGUUUAUCAAAUGUGAGCAUGGUCACAACCACAAGCUCAAGACGACAAUGCUUCUCUUAGGGCCUACAGAAGGCCUGUUUUACAGAAAACCAGCUGCCAUUUGUAAGCUGGACCAAAGGAAUCCUGCCACAUUCUCAGGAGUUUGUAGGAGGAGAGGAUGGAAUAGGUUAAGUUUAGGCCUAUCACCCUCGGCAACAGAAUAACCUGACACUACUAUAUCAGGCAAGUGUGGGAGGUGGGGGUAUCUGGCUCUAAUUCAACUGACUUGGAAAUAAUUCCUGAGAAACCACCAAAGCCCCAGACCUGUCCCCAGUGGCUAUAACCAACAGUUAAAGAAGUCAUGGCCCAAAAUCUGGUGUGCAUCCCUCCCCGUUCUGAGAACCUUUUCCACAGCUCCAUUUCCAGCUUACCCACCUCAGUGCAACCAGCUCUUGGGCAGUUGUAAGAGGGCAAACCAAACCUCACACAGCCGGCGUCUGAUUUCCAGCAUGAAACCAGGCCAGCUUUAGUUUCCCUAUGGGACUACAGGAAGGAGGACCAUUAAAACCAAAGCAAGGAGCCCAGAAAACCUCUAGUGGUAGACCGUGGGUUUUCACCACAGCCUACUUUAACCCAUUUCUGAGCCAAGCUUCAACCCUGAGCCUUAAAAAUCUUUUUUUUUUUUUAAUUUAACUUGUUUUUUGCCGCCUUCUCACUGUAUAUAGCCUGAAUACAAGGAAGGGCUGUCCCUGCACCCACAAACACCCCUCAACAAAAUCCUUUAGUUCUUUCUUUAGCCACUGGCUUCUCAGAAUCCAAAGAUCAUAUAUUGUAGUGUAGCAGGAAGUCUUGAGAAGAAAAGGACCAUUGUAGUGUUCAAAAUAUUUUUGUAUUGUCAAUGCAUCAUCAUAGAAAAACUUUAAUAUGAGAAUAAAGAUACUUUUUACUGGGUUUCUUUUUCAAAGCUUGACCCUGGGGAAUAAGCUGUUUCAGCAACAGUAUGACACUAUCAUCUCCACAACCAUGAAACAUGGGGUUUAUUUUAUUAUGGUACACAUGUUCUCAACACUUUCAACCUCCAGAAACCAGGGAUUACUACUAUCCUCAUGGGGCCUGGGCCCUGCCCCAACCCCCAGAGCCAGGCUUAUGCUGGGUAUAAGUUCCCAUGCCAAGCCUUGUUCUUACAGUCCUGCCCCCUUCCCCCCAUCCUGACCUCACAACUGAUGUAGGUACAGGUCAGUCUGCCCACCCCCACCGCUCAUGACAAUGGGUUGGAAACUGCCACCCACAGACCCUAAGAUAAUCAACUAGACAUAGGUGUACAUGACCACUAGGCUUCAUUUUCUGAGGGCUGAGAGAAAAGAUACACUAUAAAAGUAUAUUCUUAUGAGAAAAAUGGACCAACAAGUCAUAACCUGGUAUAAAAUCCAAAAAAGGGUGUUUUAAUAGUACCCUUCCUUCCCAAAGAUUAAGGUGCUUGAAGUAUCUUCCUAUUUUUAUACAAAGCCUCUGAAGUUUGACAGAUCUACAACUUCCUUUUCACACAGCAGUUUCACGUUAAAAUAUACUGUUACUGUUAACUUCCUGAUACCUAUCAUGAAUGUAAAAGGUGUCAUAAAGCCACCUCAACAGGUCAGUCAACCAUUAGGGACAAAUGUUGGGCAAGAACUGUAUACAACAAACAGCCAAUGGGCCACCAUCAUGCAUUGUAAUUUUCACUGAGUUAUAUUUUUUGGAUCUUGUUUUAAAAUAUUUAUAAAUAAAGUCAUCUUCCAGA